GUUGAUAAUAUCAUAAUAAUAUGUGAAAUAUGUGUUACUAAUCCCAUCGAAGUAGUGAUAAAUAUGCCUGAAUAAAAUGAAACACGUAUUUUGAUCUACAUGCUGAAUUGUUAACUUUUAAACAAAGUUGCGGAUUUUGAAUUUGUGUUUUAUAGAGAGUAAUAAUAGAGCAAUGACAAAAUAAGUGACAAUUAGUAGUUCAAGACACGUACUAAUGUUGGUAAUAAGGUUGAAACUGUUUGGAAUCCGGCUUUAGAAUUAAACAAAGUUGGCAGCUUUUCUAUCUGUCAGUACGGUAUACAAACGAACUGCUGCUGUACAUCUCCAGCACUCCCUCAAUCGCUCUAGCUAGACUCUAGACUCUAGAUCUAGAUCUAGACUCUAUCAAGACAAGUAAUCUAGAUCUAAUCAUUUCCGUCAAACGAACACGUUAAGCCCUGCCGCUGCAAUUUUUAUAGCUCCGUAAAGGAAAAUGUUGGCAGAGAAUUGCAAAGAUUGAUAGUUGGAGACUAUCUAUACACCAGAUGCUGGAAUCAUCUUCUUGUAAAAGCAAAACAAUACAAACUGAUGUAUGAUAACAUAAGUUUAAGUUUGAGAUAAAAAAAAAUUAUUAACUAUGCCAUUGAUUUGUUUUAUCUGUGAAAGUGAAUUUAGUGAUUCUUUGGCUCUUAAGAAGCAUUGCUUAAUUCAUACCUUUGAUAAUCCUAACAGCUGUUCACUGUGUGAUUACAGCUGCUGUGAUUCUAAAUUGUUGGAACUGCAUUUUUCAAACAAACAUAAAAAAAAUGAAAAUUUUGUAGCCAACACGUUAAGUAGAAGGCAAUGGGAAGAAAAAAAUCUGUUUCGAUGCCUGGAGACGAAUACUGUUAAAUGUGAGAUAAACAAUAAAUUGGAUAGAAGAUAUUGUAUAGCAGCUUCAAUUGAUUAUUUACCUUCGGAACAAUCAUUACAUCAGUUAAAUUGUGAUUUUUCUUUGAAUGGAUCAAAUAGUGGCGACAUAAUUAAUGGUAUUUGUGAACGUCAGAAAGAAAAUAAUAGGUGUCAGACAAAUUCUAAUAAAAUCAAUACACUUUCUUUGGUCACAGAUAAUGGAAAACUAGAAGACUUAAACACUUAUAAGUUGAAAGACAAAGUUAAAAAUGAAGAAGGUUGUGGUGCAAAUGUUACAGAGGAUGUAACAACACUAAGCCAUUUAUCAAAUCAAUUAUAUUCUUGUGAAGAAUGUGCUUUCAAAGCAUCUUCCAAAAAGGAAUUAAAUUCACACCAAAAAAAGCAUCUUCAGGGAAUAAUCUACCAUUGUCAUCACUGUGACUAUAUUUCCAAUCAAAAAGGAACACUUACAAGACACUUAAGGGUUCACAGUGAAUUCAAACAGUUUAAAUGUCACAUCUGUGAAUUCAGUACAAGACAUAAAUCUACAUUAAAAACACAUACUAAAGUUCACUUUGACAUCAGGGAUCAUCAAUGUGAUUUGUGUGGAAAAAAAUUCUUGACGAAGCAGAAUUUAGAUGCUCAUUGUUUAAUUCAUACUGGACAAAGACCACAUGAGUGCUCUGUGUGUAAUAAAACUUUUAUUCAAAGUCAGCAUUUAAAAACACAUUUUAAAAAGAAGCAUUCUGAUUAUAUUUGAUUACAAAUUAGCAGUACUUAGCUAUUUCAUUAUGUGCAGUAUUAUAUUGUCUAAUAUUAUAUUCCUUUAUGAGCAACCAUGCAUUUUAUUUUGUAUUUUAUGCUAUUUCUUUUUUUUUUUUGUCUGUUGGAAGAAGCAAUAAUAAUGUAUGGUCUGUCUGCCCACCAGUAGCAUGUAGGUCUUCAAAACUAUAUGAGAGGACUUCUUCCAGGGGCCAGAAAUUAGAAAUUCACCAACCCCUGGGGUUCAAACACACACACACACCCCGAAAUGAAACGGAAUUCAGUGACUGAUUUUUUGCUUUCAUUUUGUUUAUGUUAGGUGAGAUUUUAAUACUAAAUCAUCACUUACCACAGCACAGCCGAGGGGGUUUUGAGAUAAAAAUCCCUCUACAGGGGUUUUGAGUUUAAAACCCCCUACCAGGGGUUUUGCAGUUAAAUCCCCUUUUUCUAUAAACAAAACUAAAAAAAAAUGCAAACGACAAAGCCCAAAUUCCAAGAAAACAGCUAAGGAAGAUUUUGACUUUAAAACCGCCUCCAAAAAUUACGAUAAACCCCCUCUCAAUAUAAAAAAAGCAAAUUACACACUCAAAAUUCUAUGAGCGUAGCCAAAGGGGUUUUGAGUUUAACCCCCACCCACCCCCUCCAGUUGGGGUUUGAAGCUAAAAAGUACCUCUUCAAUAUAAAAAAAAAGCAAAUUACACACUAUAAAAUCUAUGAGCGUAGCCAAAAGGGUUUUGAGUUUAAAACCCCCUGCCAGCGGGGUUUGAAGCUGAAAAAUACCUCUUCAAUAUUAAAAAAAAAAAAGCAAAUUACGCACUCAAAAUGCCAUGAGUGUAGCCAAAAGGGGGGGGGGGGUGAGUUUAAGGGUUUCGAUGCUAAAAAAAUACCUCUUCAAUAUAAAAAAAGCAAAUUACACUAAAAUUCUUUGAGCGUAACUGAGCUAAUGAGGAGUUUUGAGUUUAAAUCACCCUCCUCCAGAUGCCUUUUUUUUUUUAAAUUUAAAACCCCUCCAGAUGGUUUUGAGUUUAAAAUUCCCCUACAGAGCGUUUUGAGUUGAAAACCUCUCUUCAAUAUUAUUUUAAAGCAAACUACAGUCACCAAAUUAUAUGACCGUAGCUAUAUGGGGUUUUGAAUUUAAAAAAAAAAUCCAGAUAUUUUUUAGUUUAAAACCCCUCAACAGAUGAUUUUGACGAUAAAACUUUCCUUUUCGAUAUAAAAUCUAAAGCGAAAUACAGGCAUGUAAUUCCAAGAGCGUAGUCAAGAGAGGUUACAAAUUUCUACCAGUGGCAUGGCUCCAUUAAUAAAGUGUGAAUAAUCAUCUGCCGAAAUUGAAAAACACUAGAUGUGGCUCAACAAAGAUGGCUAAGACAGAUUUUAGGAGUCAGUUAUAGAGAUCGGGUCUAAAUCAAAGAAAUCAUAUGCCGAACUGGGAGUCGAACCCUUAGUAAGGUUGUGACAGAGCGUUGCGUGAGGUUUUGCGGGACAUGUUCUCCGACGAAAUGAAUUACGCAUAAUUAGAGUUGUGGAAACAGCUUGCCGGAAAAUGCACCGAAGGGCGCGAGAGGGUCUAAGUCAGAUAGAAUAUCACAUUAGGUUUUUGAAAUAAAACUUUUUAAUAGCUGUAGAUACCUCAGAAUAUGCAUUUUGUUGGCUUUCAAUACCAGAAAUAGUGCUCGGCGGCGAGGCUUCGCAGCGCUCCCCCAGACCCCCUUGCUUAGCAGGGGCGGGGAGUCUACAAUUUUCCAAUAAUUCCAGGAAGAACCUAUUCUAGGGCACAAUAAACUUCUUCCGAAAGGGUCAGAAUGUAAUAAAGAUUAAUUAUGUACACACACACACAAACAUAUAAUUUUUUUCCGCGGGGGGGGGGGGCGAAAAAAAUCCUGGCCACGCCCAUGAGCUGCGUGGGAAUCAUUCCAACCAUAGCUAGUGAUCAGACAUCCAUGUCAUUUGAUUUCUAUGAGAUUAGCAGGUCUGAACUUACACAGAAAAAAAAAAGGAUAAUAGGGAUAAUUAAUAUUUCGACACAUCUGCUAAUUUUCUCUAAGCUCAAUCUGUUUAUUUUUUUCUUUCUUUUCCGGUACCAGUAUUUAAAAUGUAAACAAACAAAAAAAUCAAUGUUAACUCUAUAUAAAUGUUUUAGAAUUUAUACUGCAUCUGAGACUGAGAUCUUAACCUACUAUCUAUUGUGUUCAAUAAAUAACAGUCUUAACAGUUGUAUCCGAUGAAGUAGACACUGUAAAAUAGUGUAAUCAACUUCGUCCUUGUAAGUCUUCAUCAUAUUGUUUUGUUGUCUUCUGUUUUAGAAAAGAAUAAAAAGAAAAGAAAGAGAGAUGAAAUCUAAAAAAAAAAACAAGGUUACAAAAGACAGUUUGUGUGGAAACACAAACUCAAAAUCGGCCCCCGAAGAGGUCCACCCAGGCAGGCUUAAAUAUUUUCAGAAAGAACAUCCAAAUGAAAUUAUAUCAAAGACAAAUGAGAGAUAAGAAUGGAGAAAAAUGGUUAACAGAUCUUGUGUAGUGCCCCAACGGUCCCGCAGAUCAAAGGAUAGGUGAAAGUGAACGUAAUGUUAGAUGUGAACCUGGCCUAACUAGUUCCCCUUUUAGACCUUGUGGUCUAUAGGGCAAAUGAUGUAAAGUUCAUCUGUUUUUGUGGCCUACGGUUAACGAGGGUGUCAUGUAGCCAGCACAACGACCAACCGCCUAUACUUUUCCCCAACUAAUGUCAGGUACCCAUUAGAGCUGAGUGGACUCAGAGGCGCCCAAAGAUUCCAAAGUUGAAAAUCCCAGUCUUCACCAGGAUUCGAACCCGGGACCCCCGGUUCGGAAGCCAAGCGUUUUACCGUUCAGCCACCACGCCUCCCCUGGCCUAACUUAUGUCUUAUAAUUGAUCUAAUUGUUUUGAAAAGGCUCAAUCUCUUAUUCGAAUCCUCAAAAAAAUUCCGCAAUAAAAAAAAAGUUAAGAAAAAUGAAGUUUAUAAGAUUACUAUUCAUUUUAAAUUAGGUCUAACUUAUAAUGCAUACUAAUUAGCUUUUUCUCUUUAAAAAACUGCUUGCAUAAUUGAUUUUAAAAAUUAGAUUUUUCGCUUUCAGAAAAAAAAAGUAGCCGUUGCAUCAGAACUUUGAAUGGUCUAAAAUAUUGUGAUGUCGGAUUUUCGAUAUCUUUUGUAGUUUACGAGAUCUAAACGGGACAGACGGACAGACAUUUCGCACAAAACUAAUAGCGUCUUUUCCCCUUUCGGGGGCCGCUAAAAAUGGUAACAUUAAAUAUUUAGCAAGCAAAUGAAACUAUAAUAGUGUGUUAAAGGAAUCGUUAAAGUUGGUUAUUUAUGUGCUAUUGCAAUGAAUGGCGAGACCGAAUUAGGAAGAAGGUUUGUAACUACGAUCUAGAACAGGGUUCUCAACCUGUGGGUCGCGACCCCUUUGGGGGUCGAUUGACCAUUUGCCAGGGGUCGCCUAAGACCAUCGAAAAUAUGGAUUGUUAUUGUCUACCCUACAAUUCUGUAUUUGUGUAUGGGGGGGGGGGUCGCGGCAGAGUGGGGGAUUGUAAAAAGGGGGUCGCCAAGCUUAAAAGGUUGAGAACCGCUGAUCUAGAAGAUAGAAAGAUGAUUAAUAGGAUCAUGGAAUAGUGUCUUUCUCUGACCAAGGCUUAAUAUUUAGUUGAAACUUGGUUCAUAGUUCCAGAAGAACGUCAACACCAUUAUAUGCUACUUGUACACAAACCUCAGACCAGGCUUUAUUGAAAAUUGCUAUACAAAUUAAAAUUAGGCCUACAUCUUAAAAAAAAAUAGCUUACCAGCUCGAAGACAAAGCCUUAUUAUCUAUUAUCAUAUUUCGUACUCCAUACACACACACACACAAACUAGCUACAGUUAUAGUUUAAUUAAUUAAUUAACCCACAAAUUAUUAACGUUCCGGGUAUAUAAAUCUAAAUAAAUUAGCGCACUGAAAAGCACACCCAGAAACAUUUUAUUGACGUAAGCCUUCUAGAAAGCAUUGGAACAUUUAUGUCAAUUGGUGUGUUCAUUAAAAUUGAAAAUAACACUAUGUUUUGAGCUGAUAUAAUCUCCCAUGAAUAUCAUGUUACAAUUAAUUAUCUGGUGGCACUACUUUGUUACCAGCCUCUUAAUGUUUACCAGUGUUCAUUUACAAGAUGUCAUCGAAUGCCCCAAGGGAAAAUAUGGAGUUAGGUGUAGACAAUCCUGUUUUUGUGACUGGAAGGGGGCGAGAUUUUGUCAUCAUAGAACUGGAAAAUGUGUCUGUACAAAGGGAUAUCGAGGUGAACUAUGUGACGAAGAAAUCAAUGAAUGUCAUACUAAUGGCUCCCAAAUCUGUCCUGAAAAACUAACAUUCUGUGAAAAUACCAAAGGAUCAUUUAAAUGUCGUUGCAGAAUAGGAUAUCAAAAAAGAAUCAGCACUGGGCAGUGUAAAUGCUGUGCACAAGGUUACGGGACUGACUGUAAACAGUCGUGCGACUGUCUGUGGGAAAACACUUUGAGUUGUGAGCUUAGUACAGGUGAGUGCCUGUGUAAGCCUGGAUGGGAAGGUCCACGAUGUUCUCGCUCUGUGGACGAUUGUCUAGGAACUCCUUGCAACGAGAUGACUUGUGUAGACCUCCAUAACUCCUACGCAUGUAUUUGUGAUGACAAUAAACGCUAUGUUCAAGGAGCAUGCAAGGAAUGUAUCAUUGAUUUCAUUACCCACCAACAACAACCAAGCUGUGGAGACUGGGUCACACUGUAUUUUCUUUUCCGCCUAGACAGUGACUAUCAGAACAAUCCUAGAAGCCAGCCAAACUUUGUUUACUCGAUUGUCUAUAAUGAUAACCCUAUUUGUAGUGUGGACUUUCAUCAACAUGCCCAACGUGUAACUGGAAAUGAAGAUUUCAUACAAAAACUCGAGCCAACAGUAGAGUACAGCUUCUAUAUAGAGUUUUCUAUUUUUAUCACUGGCGCACGUGUCAACACCAUCAAGGCCACUCCAGCAUCACCAGAGUACACGGACAAAAUGUUACUUUUAGAUUCCACUAUGACAGAUGUUUCCUUACUGUUCUGUUUGAAAAAUGCGCAUAUAAUGAAUGGAAGUAACGGACUAGGUGUUCACACGUUUUACAUGGCAGAUUUCGCUGAAUUUGAAUUGAAUUUUACAGCUAGUUCCACCUGUCAAAGUGUCAAGGUCGAAUGGAACUAUUACAAAAUACUGUUAUCUACAGAGACAGAGAGCCUACAAUUAAAAUGCAUUGUACAAAAAAGCUUGAUUCCUUUGAGUAUCCACACAAUUUUAGAAAAGGUUGGACUGAUAGCUAUCAGCAAUCAAGAUGAAAAGAAAGAGAUUGUCCCAGUGAGUGCCUUGCCUAUGGGACUAUAUGCAUUGUGUGCUACUGCAUAUGUUAACAAUGACAAAAAGCUCAAGGUCUCUGAUUGCACAUUUUUCAAGGUCGUGCCAAAGAUAAAAGUGCAAAUAAGAUUAACUCUUCCUGUUAUAUAUAUUGAAUGGCCGCUAAACCAGAAAAUAGCAAUAGGUGGAAAUGUUACUCUCCUCACUAGUGAGAAAGAAAUUCAACGUCCCAGAAUCAAUUAUAUCCUGGAAAGAUUAUCUACAUAUGGUAAAUGCAGUUAUAGCACAGGCAAAGAUAGAUGGACGGUUAAUUAUUACUUACAAUCCUAUCUCCCUUUAAUGGUGUCAUCUCCUGUGAAAUGCCGCAUGAAUUCUACAGUAUAUGUCUCUCACACCAAUUUCAAAAGUACGUUUGUUCAAGAAAUUAAUUUUGUAUCAGAAACUACAUUGGCUGUUACUUUAAAAUGUUGGCAGUCGUGUGAUCAAAUUGUCGGCUUGAAAGAAAAUGUAGUUUAUCAAGUUCAACCAAUCUACAAUGAUCAAGAAAGAAAAGAACGAGUUCUAGCGACAUUCCUCUGGACGAUGCAUACCAAUGACAGACAAGUUGAUACUGACUCCAUCUUGUAUGGUGACAAACACUCUGAUCUAAUGACAACGAAGACAUCAACUUUAGAAAGCAACUCUACUUAUCUCAUUCAAUGUGAAUAUAGAGUUGAAUUAGGUGAAACAGUUCGAGAUGGAAAAUUGAAAUUUGUUGUCAAGACACAGAAUGCUCCCACUGGAGAAGGAUGCACAAUAACUCCUACAGCUGGUCUACCCGUGAAAACAGAAUUUACAAUACAGUGCACUGGCUUUAACGAAUCUAACCAUUGCCAAUACAGAGUCUAUCAGCACUUGUUUCAUACAAAUGGUCAUGGACUGCAUGUACUCAUUGGCUAUGGGAACAUGCCCGAAAUAUCAAAACUCACUUUAAGCCCAGUGAAGAAAGACAAUUCUCUUCAAAACACGUCAACUCUCAUUGUGGAAGUAAUUAAUGAUUUAAAGUCAAGUACUUUCUAUUCUCUAAUGGUAAAUUUUAAACCUUGGAACCAGAACAAUAUCUCCGAUGAAAUAUCAGAUACAAUCAAUAAGUUACAAAUAAUCAACCAAGAGGAUUUGAGAUUAGCCCUGAAUAUGGCUUCUCUACUGCAUUUGGAGACUAUAUCUUCUCUAACAGAGAUGCGAACAAGACUUCAAUAUUUAUUCAGACAUUUUACUGUCAAACAUGUAGACGCUCUCGAAAUGGUAUCUUGGACUACACUGUUGCUAGCAGAAUCAGAGAUCGACCCCGAAGAAAUUGAGCUUAGGUAUAGCAUAUUGACAUUGGAAAAAAUUGCGAGAAAUUUAAGUCAGACGUCUUUCAUAAAUAUAGAAACAACGGACAAACUUGCAAGGAUUCAAAUGUUUGCUACUCAGGCAUUACUCGCUAAAUUGUUUACUUGGUGUACGAAUAAGACAGACAAUGAGACAGACACAGUUCGGCAGAUUGAAAAGUGUCUUUAUUGGGGCCAGAGGCUCAUCAACUCUGUGACAUUCAUUGUACAAGUACUUAGAAACAUUUUGUUUCUAAAACAGGAACCAAUACAACUAUCAACAGAGCAACUGGAAAUACAACUAGAAACACACUAUCUCAAUAGUGACACGUUAUUUAAUUUAAAAACUUCUGACGGGCGAACAAAUGUUGUUUUACCAGGCAAAGCUCUCAGGGAAGACCUGCUGAGAAUCAGUCUCGACUUUCAGGUUUAUAAGAAGAACCCAUAUUUUGGACUAAGUGACAACAUUCAACAAGACAUGCCCCUAGUACAGAUCAAUUUUUUUGAAGCCACAUUACAUACAGUUGUAAAAUCUCAUCGCUUAAGUGAACCAGCAGAUAUAUUCAUUGAGUUUGAUAAAUCAACUCAGAAUGGUACACACUAUGAUGUUUCUAUGCAACUAUUUGAGCACGAUAGUGAGUUUAGAAUUGUUCGAUCUGCUUGUAUAUACAUGUCUAUACCUGCAUCUUCCAAAGAAGCAACAGUGUUGAGCAUAGUCUCACUUGCAAAGCUGCAACUCGUAAUUAAAGCAAGAUAUACUGAUAUAAUUAGUGAUUUCAAAAAUAUGUAUGAUGAGGAAAUGUUGACAUUUCCUUUAAAAACAGUUGAAGUAAUGGACACACCAUCCGGCACUUUGAAUAGAGAUAACAAUCUUAUUGUUCUGCCUUUGCUACAAAGAUUUCAAAUAAACAAAAAUAUCAAGUUUUACAGCAUUUUAAUACGGUUAAAGCUUCACCAAAAAGUUGAUGGGCUUGGAGACACACAAGAGUCAUUACAAAAUACAACAAUUGUUAUCACUCCGUACAAAGUGUCUUGCCUGCACUUUGAUAGACACGCACAGAAGUUCCUAUCGGAUAAAUGUAUGCUUUCCAUGUUCUCUAGUUUGCACUUGUUACACUGUCAAUGUGUUGUAACGGCAUUCUACACCGGGCGUUUCAUUGUUGCUCCCAAACUGAUCAACCUUUUAGAUGUGAAACUCUUAAAGUUCACAAAUAAUCCCUUAGUGGUGUCUAUGCUUAUUGCACUUUGGAUGAUUGCCUUGGCGGCGGUAGUACAUGGACGAAGAAAGGACAAAGAAGAUCAAUUCAAGACGGACGUCACAAUAUUAGAAGACAACAAAGAAGAUCAUUCGUAUGUAUACCUCUUGUGUGUUGUAACUGGCUGGUUUGCCCGUGCCUACACAACAUCGAAUGUGUUCAUUGUAAUGAAAGGAUCGUGGGACAACAGUGAUACUCAUAUAUUAUGUAAUCAAAAGAGGAACCUUUUUCAGUCAGGCUCAGAGGAUUGGUUUUUGUUGACCACAAAAGGUGAUCUAGGGAAAAUACAUUCUAUUGAAGUCUGGACAGAUUUUUCUGGCGCUCAUCCGUCUUGGUAUUUGAAGUCUAUCUAUGUCCAGAAUAUGUUGACCGGUGAAACCUGGGUGUGCAAAUAUAACAGCUGGUUCAGUUGUGACUUUGAUAACACAAACCUUAAAGCCGAUAUUCCAGCCAUCGAAGAACAUGAGUAUAUGAGAUGUACUUUUCUGCAGCUGGCCAGUCGAACUCAACUAAGUUUACGAAACGAGCAUCUUUGGUUUGGAAUGAUAGCCAAAAGCCCUUCCAAUGUAUUUACAAGGGUAAGACGAAUUGUGACAGGCCUGACAGUGCUUCAAACACUCAUGUUAAUCAACCUGAUAUAUUUUGGUAUUGAACAUUUUGAUGAUUCUCAACAAGUUCUGAAAGUGUUGGGAUAUAAUAUCCACGUGACAAGCAUCAAGAUUGGUUUUCAGUCGUCAUUAUUUGGUUGCAUCGUUGCCUUUUGUGUGGCAAUAAUGUUUAAUAGCAUAGCUCCGCAGCCAUCUCUACAUCAAAGUGCUGAAGAUGAACAAGAACUUGUUCAAACUCGACUUCAAAGAAGUCGUUUCAUCUCAACCCAUCAAGUAAAGAUCAGCUCAAAGAGAAAGUCAGAAAGUAGUGAAAGUUUAAGUCAUUCGGAAAUACGGGUCAUAAAAAGGUCAAUAUUUCAAACUGAGGGCAUGGAUCCAGCGCACAAGCCAACAAAUAAAUCUUAUAGUUCUAAAGAUGAGCAUGGAAACGAAAAUAAAGACUGGAGAAGCAACUCGUUAGUGGAACCAGAAGGUGAUCAUGAAAUAAGACAAGUAAAAACUUCUUUUAGAUUGCCUUGGUGGUUUAUCUACAUAACAUGGAUAAAUCUGGUUUCGCUCAAUAUUUUCCUGGCCUAUUACAUCAUGUUAUAUGGCCUGAGUCUGGGAUAUGAGAAAAAUGUGGAUUGGACUUUGGCAUUUUUUACUGGCUUUUUGACCGACAUUCUAUUUUUGCAGCCUGUAAAAGUCGUACUAAUUGUCUUCAUUCUUAUUCUUAUACUAAAACAGAAGUAUAGUUUACGAGAUGCGGCUCCUGUAACUAAACAUAAAGAAAGUCUUGAGCUAUUAUAUCACUACAAAAAACUGAAUAACAAAAUAGGUACGAAAACUCAAAAGAUUGUUUACCAGAGCCCUCUUCAUUCUUCAGACUUUAAAAACGUUCUAGAGAGACUUAAAAUUGAAAGCUUGGCAAUAGAGAUGAUAAGAGAUUUUUUUCUGUACACCAUCUUUAUGAUUUUUAUCCUUCUAUUGGUUUAUGGUCACAUGGACAUUUUUGCCAGAUUUCAUCAAAUAAGAUUUACUAAACACCAUUAUCUGGGGAUCUAUGACCCUUUAAAUGUGAAUGACAUGGAAGAAGAUUUAUUUAUGGAGAUACACGAUGCGUCGGGUAUGUGGAGCUAUCUAAAUGAUGUUUUAUUGACUAGACUGAUCCCGAAUGAGAGAAACAACAGCCUUAAAGAGUCCUUGUAUCUGUUUGGUACUGUUAGACUCAGACAAACAAGGGUCAAGCCUGACUCAGGUGCUUGUUCAAAUCUUCCGGAGACAAUAAGAAUGAUCUAUAAUACAGAGAUUUGCAUCCACUCAAUGGAGGAUGGGCAAGAAGAAAAUAAUAGUUUUGUGAAUUCCUGGAAAGUAGUUUACGAAGACUAUGUGGAAGAUUUAGAAGACUCCCCCUUUGUGUACAAGAGUGCUGAACAGUUGCGGACUGCUUCGUUUUCAGGCCAACGUGCGACAUAUUCUGGUGGAGGCUUUGUUGCUAACUUCUCUAGAGACAACAUUCAAGAGGCCAGAAUAACAUUAGACACCAUCAAACAGUCCAAAUGGCUUGACCAGUAUACGAGGUGCAUAUUUGUAGAGUUCACAUUAUUCAACCCAGGCACUGAUCUAUUCAUCAGCGUGGUUUUGGCUUUUGAGUUUGAUGGAACCGGUGGACUUUUUCCAUUUUAUGCAGUUUCAGCAGCACGCAUUUAUCAAGACAAUGCUAGAAAGGAAUAUUGGCUGCAGAUAUCCGAGGGAAUUACCAUCAUCUGUGUCAUAUUCUAUACCAUUGUUGAAAUAAAUGCCAUAAUACAACAAGGCAUUUACGAUUAUCUGAAAAGUUUCUGGAAUUGGCUAGAGAUUGCUGUUCUUUGUCUGACAUAUAUAAUUGGUAUAAUAUACCUUUUUCGCUUAAUUGCUUACCUGGAUGCAAUAAACAUCUUCAGAGUAUAUGGACAUGCUCGUUUCAUAGAUUUACAGACAGUUUUCUUUAGAGAUAAUGUAUUCAAUCACUGUAUGGGAUUAUUAGGAGCAUUGACCAUCUUUAAAAUGUUAAAAGUAAUCUCAUUCAAUCCUCUUUUGAUGACCUACACAAAGACCAUUCAUACCAUUCGUGCAGACUUCGCAGCUUAUAUAGCUAUAGUGGUUGUAUUAUUAUUUGCUUUUUCUAUGUUUGGUACAAUCAUUUUUGGCCCUUAUAUCUUUGGAUAUAUGUCAUUGGAUCGUGCUUUGUUUAAUUUGAUGUUUUUUAUUCUUAAAAAAACAGAUUUUCAAAAUUUGGUCACAGUUAACAGAUUUUUAGGGCGUGUGUUUUUUCUCUUAGGCUUGGUAGUAACACAAUAUAUUAUAAUAAAUUUCUUUAUUGCUUUAUUAGGAGAAGGCUUGGCGCUAGUUAAACACAUGAGCUUUCAGAUAGAAAAUGCUGCCUUAAUGCAUACAUUAAGUAUACUUCUUCCUUUUAUAAUAACACCAGACAAUAGUAAACGAUAACUAAUCAAAAUUCACAUUUCAUACACAGUAACACAGUAGGCACAUUUACUUUUUCUUUUACUUUAAUCAGUGUUUUCUAAGCAUAAAUCCCAAUUUUCUUCUUAAAGAGCCUGACAAGAUAUGAAUUCACAGUUCAAUAAAUUUUGUGGAAAUCAGUUUUGAAAGAUUAACCACACCAAUAGGAGUAAGCCUCUUACCUUGUAGAGAUGUAGUAUGUAGCUGUGUCAAAAAGAAAGUAACUUUUGAUAUUAGGAAAACGAUAUUCCCAGUUUAAUACUUCAGACGUAUGAAUUUGAUAGAUAAUAUCUCGCAAACAUUCGAGACACCCGACUUGUUGAGUUUAAAUAAUUUUAUUGAUAAGCAAUUUAAACGUAUGAGACAAUUUAUUUGAUUAAUAAAUCAUUUGUUUUGUUUUUGUAAAUUUAGAAAAAGAAAUAUAUAUGAUUUCUUCUGAAA